AUGUUUCCUCUUGUGCAACGGCACAGAUGUCCAAUACAUCAGCAAUCAUGUAUCGGAGAGGAUUUUCGGAAGUCGUUUGCAACUGGCGCACUGCAUUACUCCGAAUACCUUUCAAAGCGGGUCUCUCACCUUCUUAUCUUGAGAAACCACAAGUUGAGGGGCAAACCAUUUGGCAAUCUUCUGUUCUGCUUCUGGCAAAACGGUAGCAAUGCCGGUGCUGGCACUGGACAAGCCGAGUUCAAAAUCGACCUCAAAUUCCCGAUUCUCCACAGAGCAUUACUCGUCCAAUGGAGAAUCCCUGACAAUCAGACGUUGGCAAGAUCAUCAAGGUCAGGCGGAGGACACUUGAAGACCGACUGGGACGGAGGGAUUUCGAUUCUUUUACAAAAAGGAACAAGGAAAAUGAUUGAAUGCUUUGAAAUUGAAGCUAUCGACAGCAUAAUAGAUGCCUUUUAUCCCCUCGCAAGUGGAGCGCAACAAAGACGGCACACGACAGCAGGGUGGGACUUCUACGUUACUUGGAAAGGUGGUUCCUCAAACUGGAUACCUCUGAAAGAUAUGAAGGAGUCUUUCCCGAUUGAAGUGGCCGUUUACGCGAUAAGCAAGGGCAUCCAAGACGAACCUGCUUUUGCAUGGUGGAUCCCCCACGUUGUUCGAAAGCAAAAGCGAUUCCUUGGCAAAGUAAAAUCAAAGUACUGGGAACGUACGCACAAGUACGGAAUACGUAUCCCAAAAUCGAUCAAAGAGGCCAUCAAAAUAUACAAAGCAAAUGGGGACACGCUAUGGCAAGACUCGAUUCAAAUGGAGAUGAAAAACAAUCAAGUCGCUUUUGAAGAAUUCGAUGGAGACGUUGAGAAGCUGAUGGGAUACAAAAAGAUCACGGGACACCUAGUAUUUGACGUGAAACUAGGGGAAAACUUUUGA